GGAGACUUAUGAGUUAAUUUGUUUUUUAUUGCAUCAAAAGACCGCUUGAAAGGCAUCUUCGCUACGUGCAACGUUGUGAAAUCGGCGGUCCUGUGAAAUAUUCGUGGUAGCAUCAAGACGACAGCGCUUUGGGUCGACAUGGAUUCAGAUGGCGAGAUCCAGUAUGACGAGGACUCAGGCGAGGACAACAUGCUGUACGAGGCCGACUCGGGGAACGAGUCGAGCGGCGACGAGUUGGACUUUGACGAGCAGCGCGCGGGCCCAUCCGCUUCCAGGGCCGACGACGCCAUCAUGGACGACUACCCGUUCCAGGUCCUCUCCAUCCAGGAGAUCGUCGAGUUCAUGGUGGAAGAGAUCAAUGAAGUGAAGGACGUGGCUCAGCUGCCGCGAACGACGAUACGAAUUCUGCUGAACCACUUUAACUGGGACAAGGAGAAGCUACUGGAGCGGCUGUAUGACACGGACCAGGAGCGGCUAUUCCAGGAGGCGCAUGUCGUCAGCCCGCUCAUUAGGAAGAGCUCGCACGCGCCCAAGGUCAACAGCCGGCGGGGCGCCGUGACCACCGAGGAGUGCGAGAUCUGCCUGACGGUGCAGCCGUCGGCGGUCAUGUCGAGCCUGCCGUGCGGCCACCGGUUCUGCGCUGGCUGCUGGGCUGAGUACCUGACCACCAAGGUGAUGGAUGAGGGUAUGGGCCAGACGAUCUCGUGCGCGGCGCACGGCUGCGACAUCCUGGUGGACGACGAGACGGUCAUGCGGCUGGUCAGCGAGCCGCGCGUGCUGCAGCGCUACCAGCACCUCAUCACCAACAGCUUCGUUGAGUGUAACCGGUGUCUGUGCUGGUGCCCGACGCCGGACUGCGGCUACGCGCUCAAGGUCUCCUACCCGGACAUGCGACCCGUCACGUGCAAGUGCGGUCACCGCUUCUGCUUCGCGUGCGGCGAGGCCUGGCACGAUCCGGUGCGGUGCUCGCUCAUCAAGCGCUGGCUCAAGAAGUGCGACGACGACUCGGAGACAUUCAACUGGAUCUCCGCCAACACCAAGGAGUGUCCAAAGUGCAGUGUGACAAUCGAGAAGGACGGCGGGUGCAACCACAUGGUGUGCAAGAACCAGAGCUGUCGCGCCGACUUCUGCUGGGUGUGCCUGGGCUCUUGGGAGCCGCACGGCUCCUCCUGGUACAGCUGUAAUCGGUACGACGAGGACGAGGCCAAGGCGGCCCGCGACGCCCAGGAGAAAUCGCGCGCCGUACUCAAUCGCUACCUCUUCUACUGCAACCGCUACAUGAACCACAUGCAGUCCCUCAAGUUCGAGAACAAGCUGUACGCCUCAGUCAAGGAGAAGAUGGAGGAGAUGCAGCAGCACAACAUGAGUUGGAUCGAGGUGCAAUUUUUGAAGAAGGCUGUGGACAUUCUGUGUUCCUGUCGUGUGACGCUUAUGUACACGUACGUCUUCGCGUACUACCUGCGAAAGAACAACCAGUCAACCAUAUUUGAGGAGAACCAGAAGGACCUGGAGCGGUGUACUGAGGUGCUGUCUGAGUAUCUGGAGCGCGACAUCACUCAGGAGAACCUGGUGGACAUCAAACAGAAAGUUCAGGACAAGGACAGAUACUGCGACGGCCGGCGGAGGGCCCUGCUAGAGCACGUGCACGAAGGCUACGAGCGCGACUGGUGGGUCUACAACGACUAGUGUUUUGACGGCUGAGUCUGUGGCGGCUGUAGACGGAUCUUCCAGUGCUCGGCCAAGUGCGGUGAGCGGCGCUCUGGCCGACAAACUGUUCAGUGGUCGCCGGAGAUCAACGGACGCGCCCGUAGGCAGCGUGCGCUGCUGCGCCGGGGCUCACGGUAACUAGUGGUUGUACGAGCUGCCGAUAGGUGGCGCGGUCACCGGACGUCUGAGGUGGCACGAACACAGGGUGGCUCGCUGGAAUGCGGCGCGGCAGUACACUCCUAGUCUGGGCGAGAGAGGCCGGGGCGCGCCGCCGGCGGCGAACCGCGCGCGGGCGGCGCCUCCGGGCCGAUCUGUAGUGCUUUCAGUCGCCCCGCACCGCAGGUCGGUGGGGUGGAGGUGGUGGCCGAGUGGAGCAGGCCAGUUAGGCUCGGUCACCGGCCCCGGCCGCAGAGCGGGCCGCUGCUGGCUGCGGCUGGACGCCAGCGCAGCCGGCGCCGGCGGCCGCGCCGCGGGUAGCCGCCACUUCGCCGCUUCGCGUUGUCAGCGGGGCGGCUGGUUCUCCUGUCGGCUGAGCUCGUGAAGGCGUCGGAGGCCGGUCUUUUUGUAAGGAAGGUUUGCGAGGAGUGUGAGUUCCCAGGCUGCCGUGUGGCUGGGGAAUGGUGAGCUGGCGUGGGGUGCACGCGAAGUGCUUGUUAAGAGUCGCUGCGUCAGCUUCCUGCCGUGUUAUGUGUGUCUCCGGUACCCGCCCGUGCCAGCCCCUCAUACCCCUUGCUGUUGACAUGGUUGAGCACGGUUCUGUGAACUGGCCCGGCGCCGGAUAGCAGCGGCAUGCGUUUAUGAAAUAGACCAUGCGUGGCAUGGUGUAGUGAUUGUAUGCAUUUUAUCGGCGAACGUGUACGCGCUGCAGUGGUCGUCUGGAGCAAUACAUCCGUGCAGGACACUCA